CUUUGGAUCAACUAGUAAGAAAAUUAGAAAUGACAUUUUCUACUUUGAAUAGAAUUUAAUGUCUAUUUAAGUUCGUCAGUAUAGUCAAAUGAACAAAAUACUGUCCAAAGGUCAUUUUAUGUCCUCAAGUUGCUCAUAUAAAAAUACAAGGAAGUUAAUACUUGCAAUCAUCUGCCUGCUAGUCGUUUCAUUAUUAUUAUUAUCGUUUUACGGUUCGAAAUCAUACAAAUUGCCUUUUUAUUUUUCAGAUUACAACACCGAAGAGCACAAUAUUUUUUUCGUUGAAACAUCAAAUUCUUCGUCGCUGAACAUUCGUCAAGCAUGUGCAGUCGAAUCGACUGCAAGACAUUAUCCUUCAUCUCUUAUUAAUGUGUUAAUGUUCACAUCAAAUCCUGACAUACAUAUCAACUUUACAUUAUUACCUAAUGUCAGAAUACAACGAAUUACGUUUGAAAAAGUAUUCGAAAAUACGCCAUUGUUGAAAUGGUAUAUUGAAGGAAAGUGGAAUAAAAGUGACUACGAAAUAUUCCAUCUAAGUGAUGCCAUUCGAUACGCUUUAAUUUGGAAAUAUGGUGGAAUGUAUUUAGACUUAGACAUUGUCAUGCUGAAAACUUUCCCGUCUUAUAAGAAUUUCGUAAUUAGGGAAAGUAAUAAUAGCUUGUGUAAUGGUAUUUUCGCAAUGGAGCGCAACCACACCAUACUUUACAAGUGUAUGGAAUACAUCAAGCAAUCAUACGAUAGUAAUUGUUUUGCCUGCAUCGGUCCGUUAUUAUUUACAGAAGAAAUCUCUUCAUUCUGCCACCAAGAAAUUAUAGAUGACAUGCCAAAACAGCUCGAUUGCAAUAUUACAGUUUUCGACCCAAUAACAGCUUUCCCUGUAUAUUACACUGAAUGGUGCGAUUAUUUCUCGUCUUCUUCAGCAGAAAAGGUUUUACAGCGAAUAAAUAAUAGCGUUUUGAUCCACCUGUGGAAUAAAUUGUCAAAAAACGAAAAAUCAAAACCAGGUUCGGGUAGUGCGUAUGAAUUAUCAAUGGCAACUCAUUGUCCUCUUGUUUAUGAAAAGGCUGUUCACAUGGAAAGUUUAUAA